AUGAAGGACUUCGUAUGGGUCUAUGAUGUUUCUCCUACCAUAACGGCACUGCUUUCCCCCGCACGAUGUCUCCAACUCGCUAGAGAACCACGCACGGCAGCCCUAGAAAUCAAUUCCGCGUUCUUCUUCCGAGCGGGUAUUUUCGCCUUCGUCACUCCAGCCGUCUGGUCGGAACGCCACAGCGCAGUCGUACUGGACCUCGCCCGUAGAGGCGAAUUUCUAGACACUGUUAACAACUUCAAGCUGGCCAUCGAGGGAGCAGGUGAAGCAGUAACAAUCACAAAGCCUCUGUUACGCUUCUCGGAACCCUCAGCAUCACUGACGGCACGAGACUGGUUGUGCAGACGAGUAGAGUACUUCUUCCCCGAGUAUCCGGAUGAGGGUAUGGCUCCACUGGCAGUCAUGAAGGCCCAAGAUGAUGAUGCGAAUGGUUUUGCGACAGAACGGGACCGUUCAACAAUCUGA